AUGGUGAGCACCAAGAUCAUCGACAUUCGUGUCGACACCGCCAAGUCUGAUAUCCUCGCGGAAAUCAAAAAAGGUCUGCGGCCCCAGGAUGGCGGCGAAAAGAAGUUGCCUACGCUGUUGCUAUACGAUUCGAACGGACUGCGUCUCUUUGAAAAGAUCACCUAUCUCGAGGAAUACUAUUUGACAAAUGCGGAAAUCGAGACUUUGGAGACCUAUGGCAGUCGAAUGGCUGAACGUAUCCCGUCCGGCUCGGUUAUUGUCGAAUUGGGGAGCGGCAAUCUUCGUAAAGUCAACAUUCUUCUCCAGGAAAUUGAUCGACUUGGCAAAGAUGUUGAAUAUUAUGCCGUUGAUCUCUCGCUGACAGAAUUGGAACGAACGUUUGGUCAAAUUCCCACAGAGGGAUAUCGGCAUGUCAGAUGUUUCGGGCUCCACGGCACCUAUGAUGACGCGCUUGCAUGGCUAAAGACGUCUGACGCAAAGGUCAAACCAAAGACGAUUCUAUGGCUCGGCUCAAGUCUGGGCAACUUCAAGCGGCACGAAGUUCCGCCGUUCCUUUCCCGUUUUGGAGAUGUCAUGCAAGUUGGUGAUACUAUGCUUAUCGGUAUCGAUUCUUGCAAAGAUGCUGAUCGGGUCUACCACGCCUACAACGACAGCAAAGGGAUCACACAUCAGUUCAUACUGAAUGGACUCAAGCACGCGAACGAAGUAAUGGGAGAGCAAGCUUUUCAUCCCGAUGACUGGGAAGCCAUUGGCGAAUACGAUAGGGAGGCUGGACGUCACCACGCAUUCGUGUCACCACGCAAGGAUGUGAUCGUGGAUGGCAUCACGAUUGUUAAGGGAGAGAGAAUACGCAUCGAAGAAAGCUACAAGUACAGUAGACAAGAGAUAAUGAAACUCUGGGACGGAGCUAAGCUGGCAGAGAACACAGUUUGGGCGAAUUCUAGCGGUGAUUAUGGUCUUCACCUUGUGACUAAGCCAGUAUUCUCUUUUCCUACAAAACCUCAAGAGUUUGCAGCUAAGCCAGUCCCGUCCUUGGCCGAAUGGAGGGAGUUAUGGGCAGCAUGGGAUGCUGUCACUCUCAGGAUGAUCCCAGAAGAAGAGUUAUUGUCGAAACCCAUCAAGCUGCGGAACGAAUGCAUCUUCUACCUCGGACACAUACCAACCUUCUUGGACAUUCACCUUGCACGCGCAGCCAAUGGCAAAGCCUCAGAACCAGCAAACUUCUGGACCAUAUUCGAAAGAGGAAUUGACCCAGACGUUGAAGAUCCCACAAAAUGUCACGCUCAUUCUCAGAUCCCGGCGGAAUGGCCAGCAUUGUCUACUGUUCUCGAGUAUCAGAAAGUUGUUCGGGACAGGGCUACUGCGCUUUAUCAAUCGGGAGACGCAGAGUCGAAUGGCCGUGUUUCUCGCGCAAUGUGGCUUGCAUUUGAACAUGAAGGAAUGCAUCUAGAAACCCUCCUUUACAUGCUGAUCCAGAGCGAGAAGGUCUUGCCUCCACCAGGCACUGUCACACCUGACUUCUCGGCUAUGGCCAAACAGUCUGAGACUCUUGCUGUCGAAAACGAGUGGGUCACUAUUCCAGGGUCCAAUGUCGACAUUGGGAUCUAUGGUGAUGAUGACAAAGACUACAAUACAAUCCGAUACUUUGGAUGGGAUAACGAGAAGCCAUAUCGCUCCGUUCAUGUAAGGCCAUUCCGCGCAAAGGCACGCCCAAUAACGAACGGAGAGUACGCAAUGUACCUGGAAAAGACUGGCAAGACAGCGAUACCUGCAUCGUGGUGCGCAAAAUCAACUCCGACCAAAGACAUGAGCAUGCCGAAGCGGGACAGUGUGGUCAACGGUCACACCCACGAAGGCAAUGGCUCGAUGCACCCAAUCACCAAUGAUAAGUUUGUUCGCACCGUAUAUGGAAAAGUGCUACUCAAAUUUGCCCUGGGCUGGCCUGUUGUUGCUUCCUAUGACGAACUCGCGGGUUGUGCUAAAUGGAUGGGCGGUCGAAUUCCGACUAUGGAAGAAGUCCGUAGCAUCUACAACUAUGUCGAUAGUAUGAAGAUGGAGUUCCAGCAGUCGCUGGGAAAUAACAUUCCUGCGGUCAACGGUCAUCUCAUCAACAACGGCGUCGAUGAGACACCUCCAUCUAAACCUGUAUCCAACGGCCACUCCAGCACAUCAGCUGGACCCAACCCACAUGAUCUCUUUAUUGAUCUUGCGAGUGCUAAUGUAGCCUUCAAACACUGGCAUCCAGUGUCGGUCGUAGAGAAGGGCGGCAAACUCUGCGGUCAAUCAGAUCUAGGUGGCGUAUGGGAGUGGACCAGUUCCUUGUUGGAGAAGCAUGACGGCUUUGAGCCGAUGGAAUUGUACCCUGGUUACACAGCCGACUUUUUCGAUGGGAAGCACAACGUCACCCUUGGAGGAUCGUGGGCAACCCAUCCACGCAUUGCUGGGCGUAAGACAUUCGUCAACUGGUAUCAACGCAACUAUCCAUACGUGUGGGCUGGCGCCCGCAUUGUCACCGAUGUCUGA